AUGACGCAAAGUACCUUCAUUUCAGAGAGAAUAGCUUCAUUGGCAGAGGAUGCAAAAUCCCAACAGCUCGAUGACGAGACUCGCGCGGUGGCCCUAAAUGCAGCCCGAGACUUAGUGGCAGCACUCGAAUCACCGGUGGAGAGGGUUAUUCAAGAUGUGGUGUUGAAUUCUCCUAUCCUGAUGGCUUUGCGCAUGGGGGUACAACUAGGCAUCUUCUCGCAAAUCAGCCAGAGCCCAGAAAAAGGAGUCAGCUGCGAUGUCAUUUCUGAAAGCUCCAAAGCAAGUCCGAUUCUUGUUGCUCAAGUUCUCCGACUUUUGGCCGCUACAGGAUACAUCAAGCAACAGGAUGAACAAUUCAAGCCGUCGGCUCUCACGAUGGUCAUGGUGGAUCCAAAAAUUGAAGCAACAACUCGAGCUUGUUUUGACAUCGGAAACGUAUGCACAAUGAAAGCUCCGGAGUUCUUUCGCCAGAACAACAACAAAUUUCCCGAUUCGGUCAAAAACACUCCCUUUCAGCUUGGAUUUGGCACCGAUUUGACCUACUUCGCAUGGCUCGGUCAAAAUCCUGAUUUGGCCAGAGACUUCCAACAAUGGAUGACUCUGAAGCAAAGUGCUUCCCCGAAUUGGAUCGACUGGUUUGAUGUUCAAGGUUGUAUUAUAGAUGGCACCGAAACACAGUCAUCUUCGAGUGUUCUUCUUGUGGAUGUUGGAGGCGGGGAAGGCAGCCAUGUGAAACAGUUCCAAGAAAAGUUCCCUGGGGCAUCUGGCCGUUUGAUCCUGCAGGACUUACCGCAUGUUAUUUCGGGUAUUGAGAAUCCACCGAUAAAUGUCGAAUUGGAGUCCCAUGACUUCUUCACUCCUCAAUCCAUUCAAGGUGCUCGAGUAUAUUUUAUGCACUGGAUCCUCCACGACUGGUCCGACGAGCAUUGUCGCUCUAUUUUGACUCACAUAGUGGAUGCGAUGGAGCCUGGAUACUCGCGACUUAUCAUUCACGAGCAAAUUCUCCGGGAUUCUGGAUGUGAUAUUCCGUCGGCAUGUAUGAGUGUCAUGAUGAUGGUUCAGGUCGCAGCACUUGAGCGUAGCGAAAAGCAGUGGCGGGACUUAUUAGGUUCUGUUGGUUUGCAAAACGUCAAAUUUCAUCAACCGCCCGGAACUGGGGAAGGAAUCAUCGAAGCUACCAAAUAA